AUGCUAGGCGCUCUAUGCACAGGCGCAGCGUGGACCACCCGCCCGCGGGCCGGUAGCCUGCGGAGACUCGGGGUCCCAGCGCCGGGCUGGGCUGGGCGGACUGCCCGGGUAGACCGGGCCGGCGCCGCGGGCGUUACUAUGAAGGCAGCACGACGUGCUGCCGCCGCCGUCGCCCGGGAGGCUCCGCACCGGAGCCAUCGCGCUAGCGGGGCCACGAUGAAGAAGCAGUUCAAUCGCAUGCGCCAGCUGGCCAACCAGACGGUGGGCAGGGCAGAAAAGACUGAAGUUCUGAGUGAAGACCUCCUUCAGGUGGAGAAACGUUUGGAGCUGGUGAAACAGGUUUCCCACAGCACCCACAAGAAGCUGACCGCAUGUCUCCAGGGUCAGCAAGGGGCAGAAGCCGACAAGCGCUCAAAAAAAAUGCCGCUGACGACACUGGCUCAGUGCUUGAUGGAAGGAUCAGCUGUCCUGGGAGAUGACACACUUCUCGGGAAGAUGCUGAAACUCUGUGGAGAGACAGAGGACAAGCUGGCUCAAGAGCUGAUACAUUUCGAGUUGCAAGUGGAGAGAGAUGUGAUUGAGCCCCUGUUUCUGCUGGCUGAGGUGGAAAUCCCAAAUAUUCAAAAACAGAGGAAACAUUUAGCAAAGUUGGUGUUGGACAUGGAUUCAUCACGAACAAGGUGGCAGCAGACGUCCAAAUCUUCAGGCUUGUCCAGCAAUUUACAGCCUGUGGGUGCCAAAGCUGAUGCCCUCAGGGAAGAAAUGGAGGAGGCUGCCAACAGAAUGGAGAUUUGCAGGGACCAGCUCUCAGCUGACAUGUACAGUUUUGUGGCCAAAGAAAUUGACUAUGCAAACUACUUUCAAAAGCUGAUAGAAGUGCAAGCGGAAUACCACAGGAAGUCUCUGACUCUGCUGCAAGCUGUGCUGCCUCAGAUAAAAGCACAACAGGAGGCCUGGGUAGAAAAGCCUUCCUUCGGGAAGCCCCUGGAGGAGCACCUCAUGAUCAGUGGCCGGGAGAUUGCCUUCCCCAUUGAGGCAUGUGUGACGAUGCUGCUGGAGUGUGGGAUGCAGGAGGAGGGACUCUUCAGAGUUGCUCCCUCCGCCUCCAAGCUGAAGAAGCUGAAAGCUGCCCUGGACUGCUGCGUGGUGGACGUGCAGGAGUAUUCGGCAGACCCUCACGCCAUUGCAGGAGCUCUGAAAUCAUACCUCCGAGAAUUGCCAGAACCUCUCAUGACAUUUGAACUGUAUGAUGAGUGGAUACAGGCUUCCAAUAUCCAGGAUCAAGAAAAGAGGCUUCAGGCUCUGUGGAAUGCUUGUGAGAAACUACCCAAGGCCAAUCACAACAAUAUCCGGUACUUGAUCAAAUUUUUAUCCAAGCUGUCAGAGUUUCAAGAUAUAAACAAGAUGACGCCCAGUAACAUGGCAAUUGUGUUAGGACCCAACCUCCUGUGGCCACAAGCAGAAGGGAACAUCACAGAGAUGAUGACCACAGUUUCACUGCAGAUUGUCGGGAUCAUCGAACCCAUCAUCCAGCAUGCUGACUGGUUCUUCCCUGGGGAGAUAGAAUUCAACAUUACAGGGAACUAUGGGAGUCCAGUACACGUGAACCAUAAUGCCAACUACAGCUCAAUGCCCUCUCCCGACAUGGACCCUGCUGACCGGCGCCAGCCCGAGCAGGCCCGCCGACCCCUCAGCGUCGCCACGGAUAAUAUGAUGCUGGAGUUUUACAAAAAGGAUGGCCUUAGGAAAAUCCAAAGCAUGGGCGUGAGGGUCAUGGACACAUCCUGGGUGGCCCGAAGAGGCUCCUCAGUCGGCAGGAAAGCAUCGUGCGCCCCACCCUCCAUGCAGCCCCCCGCUCCACCUGCUGAGCUAGCUCCACCGCCUCCAUCGCCCCUUUCUGAGCAGCCUCCAGACAGCCCGGCCGCUCCUUCGCUUUCUCCAUCUAGCAUGGGCCUCCAGCCCUGCGCAGAGCGCGUCAGCACUUCUAAAAGCAAAGAACUUUCUCCAGGGUCUGGGCAGAAAGGAAGUCCAGGCUCUAGUCAGGGGCCACCCUGUGCAGGGACGCAACCGGGGACCAGCUCCAGCCAGCCAGCUGCAGACCAGAGUCCUCACACCCUCCGAAAAGUUUCAAAGAAGUUGGCACCCAUUCCGCCCAAGGUUCCCUUUGGCCAGUCGGGGGCUAUGACUGAGCAGCCCGCCACCGGCCAGCCGUCCCCAGUCAGCCUGUCUCCCACCCCUCCGAGCACCCCAUCGCCCUACGGACUGAAUUACCCUCAAGGGUACUCCUUGGCCUUAGGCCAGCUCUCACCAGCUGCUGCGGCUGUUCCUCUGUCCUCUCCUUCUGUCUUUACAAGCACUUUAACCAAAUCGAGGCCCACCCCUAAGCCCCGACAGAGACCCACCCUGCCACCUCCUCAGCCUCCCACGAUAAACCUCUCGACCUCUAGUCCUCAGUCUGCGGAACACCCUAUGCUAGAUGGCAUGUCCCCUGGGGAGAGCAUGUCCACAGAUCUUGUCCACUUUGAUAUCCCCUCUAUCCACGUAGAGCUUGGGUCCACGCUCCGCCCGAGCCCCCUGGAGCACAUGCGGCGACACUCAGUGACUGAGAAAAGGGACUCUGAGGAGGAGUCCGAGAGCACCGCCCUCUGA